AUGUUUGAAGUUCCAAAAUUGGAAAGAUGGUUUCGUGCAGAACCAAAUCCUUCGCGUCAAAAAUUGAUACAGUACAUGAACUUGUUAAAUCAGUCGAACUUCAGAAAAAACAGCACAAAAAUCACAUAUCAACAGAUUUGCAAUUGGUUUUCAAAUCAGAGAGCCGCUCACAGGUCAUCUAAUCGUAACUGUGAUUCGGUUAUACCGACAGCUACCUCAGUAUCACAGCCAGUGGUACUUAAUUCAAUGCAGACAAAUUUGCAGAACGAUUUUCGUCCAAAAUUUGAUUUUAAUACGCUCUUGGAAAAUAAACAAAACGGUGUUGCUAAUGAGGAAUUUCAGCGUAUUGACGGAGGUUCUGAUUCACCAACACCAAACGAUGACGCUAGUGUUCAUAGUGUUAGUGACAACGGAUUUGAUCAGGAUAGCACGCUAAAACAAGAGUCUACAACAUCUUCGCCAGAAUUAUCGUUAGAUUUAAAUGGAAGCUUAGCGUCGACGUCACCAAAGCCAAGGCCGUCUCCUGCAGCAACAAAUGGCCUUAGCGGGCAAGCAACACAAGCACAAACUCCGUCUAGUACAGUAGCACGAUCUCGUUUGAUGUUUGAUCCGUUGACAGAAUUACCAAUUUUAGAAAAAUGGUUUGAAGAAAAUCAGCAUCCAACCUGGAUUCAGAUCGAUCAGUAUACUGAAAGAUUGAACAGUUUCCCUUAUCGGCAAAGUUAUCCGCCAAUAUCCACCCAUAAUGUUAAAAUUUGGUUUAAAAAUCGUCGAGCCAAAAAUAAGAGAAUGCAGUCAACAAAUGCAGCUGGAGAUCUUAUGGCUUAA